AUGGCCUUGCGCAAUGGAGGGAGGGGACAUGAUUACUUGAUAAAUACCAGCGAGUAUGAUGCAUUUCCCAGUAGCUCAGUGGAGGGACAAGCCUCACAGACACCAGAUCCAACACAAUUUAUGCCUCAUGAUCGGGGCCGUCCCUGCCGCCCGGAGAUGCCAGUCCCGGGCAGGGUUUUACCUCAGGGUUCUCGGACGAAGCCACAGGUAUCCCUUCCCCCUGGCCCACUGCGAGCCGUCAUGGCGCCCAGCUCGCCUCCCUUCCCGCCCUCCCAGGGUGGCUGUGGAGACCCACGACCCCCACCCCGCGCACGCUGCUGGGGGGACGCUGGGGACCGCUCCUCGGCGGAGCCAACUCAGGCAGCGCUUUGGGCGCGGGGACACGCGUUUAAACCGCGCUCCGGGGGAUUAUGUGGCAGCACAGCGAAGCCCCUCAGACCCGACCGCACCUCAGGCUGCCGCCCUCGGCCGCCCGGCAUAGAGGGAGGGAGGAGUACCGGCCUUAUGCCCUGCCCAGAGGGCCCGGGACAAAGGCGACCGUCCCGCCCAGGUGAGGCGGAGCCGUGA